CUGGAUCGAGGGGCGCCCCCUCCUCCACGGGGAGUUUCCAGUGGGCGAGGCUAGGAUGCAGCGAUGGCAGAGAAAGAGGGGUGCGGGGAGGCCCAGUGAGGACAGCGGGCGGGGACGCUGGGAAUGGGGGGCACCACGCUGCACCCCGAGGCCGCCGGUGUGGGCGUGGGCUCAGCUGGCGGCGGGGAGCUGAGGCAGUGAGCAAAGGGGUGCUGGGAUCCGGGUGCCCUGGGGGCGCUGUCCAGGGGCGUGUGCAGAAAGGGGGAGCAGUGCGGGGCAGGGGGGACCCCGGGGAGGCACAGAGUGGGGCGUGUGCGUGUGAGGGGAGGCGGCCGUGACAGUGCUGGAAGGCGUGUGCAGUGGACCGCGGCGUGGACGCAUGUUUUUCCUAGGGAGCUGUUCGGGGGUGGGGUGUUCAGGGCCGGCGGAGGCGGCGCUCUGAGCAGGGAAGGGUGGCUGCAGCGCGGGUGGGGAGGUGCUGGGCGACCCCUACCUGGCAGACAGCAAACAGAACUUUGUGGUUGGAGUCAAAGGAAGGGGGAAGGGGAGAGUGAGGUGAAGGGGGACCCCAGCUGAGAGGCGAGGGUGCAGGCCCUCUUCUGCUCCUGAGCGCCUUCCUGUUCACAGCGUGAAUUCCGCCCGCACCUGCUGAACGCAGAGCUGGACCUCGAGGCCUGAAGGAGCCCCCAGAGCGACGCUCCCGCCCUCCCCCCGCUGGACCCCCAGGACGCAUGGCCCUUCGCAGCUCUGGGAAGCCGGACAGCGGGUGUCACUUGGGACCCUCCCCGUCCUGGCUCCCUUCCCAGCACAGCCUCCCCACGACCUCCUGCCCCUCCUGCCCGCUGGGCCACCAGGAGAACCGGCCCUGCGACGACCUUGGACCCCCCCAGGCCCAGGUGCAGGUCUGGCUUAAGUUUCCUCAGAAGUGCCAGGAGCUUUAAAGGGCGUCUUUCCUCUCCCUCGGCCCCUUCCUCGAGACAUCAAGCGGACACGUCCGGCAGGCAUGGGUGACAGGGGCGCAGAAGAGCGGCAGGGACCCUCCCGGGGCCUGCUGGCAGCCACUCCAGCCGCAGCCUUGACCCCUUCCUUCCUCAAGUUUUGAUCAUCUUUCAGACCCUGGGGGAUCUCGGCUGGGUUUCUGUCCCCUAGGCUCCAAAGGCGACUUCCUGUGGCUCUGGGAGGCCCCGGGAGAGCUGGCGCCAUGGGGCCACGUGGCCAGAAGCCCCCCCUUCAGGACUGUGCCCUCUGAUGCGGCUGCUCCCGGGCACUGACCUGGGUCCAUGCACACAGCCCGAUGGGCCCCCUUCAGCUCUGCCAAUGCCGGCUGCCCAAGGUGGGUGGCGCCUGGGCUCAGCUUCCCUGGCCUGGGCCCCGCCAGCCAGCCAUGCUGCUGCUGUCCCUCCUGCUGGCAGCCGGGCUGGUGCCCUCCGACGCUGGUGCCAGCUGCCCGGUCCUAUGCACCUGCCGUAACCAGGUGGUGGACUGCAGCAGCCAGCGGCUGUUCUCCGUGCCCCCAGACCUGCCAAUGGACACACGGAACCUCAGCCUGGCGCACAAUCGCAUCGCCGCCGUGCCGCCCGGCUACCUCACCUGCUACAUGGAGCUGCACGUGCUGGACUUGCGCAACAACUCCCUGGCAGAGCUGCCCCCAGGCCUCUUCCUCCACGCCAAGCGCCUGGCGCACCUGGAUCUCAGCUACAACAACCUGAGCCACGUACCGGCUGACAUGUUCCGGGCGGCCCACGGGCUGGUUCACAUCGACCUCAGCCACAACCCCGGGCUUCACAGGGUGCACCCCCAGGCCUUCCAGGGCCUCAUGCAGCUCCGGGACCUGGACCUCAGCUACGGGGGCCUGGCUUUCCUCAGCCUCGAGGCGCUCGAGGGCCUGCCGGGCCUGGUGACCCUGCAGAUCGGGGGCAACCCCUGGGUGUGUGGCUGUACCAUGGAGCCCCUGCUCAAGUGGCUUCGAAACCGGAUCCAGCGCUGCACAGCAGACUCCCAGCUGGCCGAGUGCCGGGGGCCCCCCGAGGUCGAGGGCGCGCCCCUCUUCUCGCUCACUGAGGAGAGCUUCAAGGCCUGCCACCUGACGCUGACCCUGGACGACUACCUCUUCAUCGCGUUUGUGGGCUUCGUGGUCUCCAUCGCUUCUGUGGCCACCAACUUCCUGCUGGGCAUCACGGCCAACUGCUGCCACCGCUGGAGCAAGGCCAGCGAGGAGGAGGAGAUCUGAGGAAGGCGCUCGCCACCCUCCCGGGCUCCCACUCGGGUUCCGGAGUGCCUGGCCACCCUCGACGUGGCUCAGGACCUCAGGUGAGUGAGCACGGGCCACUGGGCCGGACAGAUGACUCCAUGCAGUCCUGCCUCCAGGCGCCUCCUGGUGGAGGAGAGAGCGGUGAUUGCCCCUCUGUACCCACACGUCCUGAGCCUGAGCCCACAGCCUGAGCAGUUACAGCAGCCCGGGGCAGGACCUGAACCCGGCCUCGAGGAAUCCGAAAAGAACAAGCGUGGAGUGACGUGUGGGCUUCGUCAACUGCUUUGCCAACUGCUGCCUCAGCCUCCUGCAGGCAGACGCGGCCAGGCGAGACACCUCCUGGUGAGGGCCCCGUGCCACCUCCCGGCCUCCCAGCCCUGGCUCUGCCACUCGCCCAGGCCUUGGGGUCUCCCCAGGGAACUGGCCUGGGCCGCAGACCCACAGCAUGACACCCCCAGGGCUGGAGCGGAUGGGUUUGCUCACAGCUCAGGCUUUGACCGUCAGGGUGGGAGCGCUACUGUUCCUGGCGCUGGCUCUGCCCAUUCUGCGCUCAGCUCCAGAGGGGACAUCGCUGUUCCUGCCUCACAGCUGAGGAGGGCCAGGCGAGGAGCGGCGAAAUCGCUGCUGCUUCAGAAUCCAAGAAAGUCUGAUGCUUCUGCUGCCCCACCCCUCUCCCCCUAAUUUCAGAUUUCAGGUGGCCAGCGAGGGUCAAGCACCGCUCUGGGAAGCUUCACAGCCAUUGACUCAAUUCCAUCAGUUCUUCCAACAACCCUGCCCGGGUUUCCAUGAUCCCCGCUUCGCAGAUGACUGGGUGGUAGAGACCCAAAGACUGUACCCCAGCUCACCUGGGUGACCCCUCAGAGAAAGGGGCAGGCACCUCUAUUCAGGGAAACUGCAGCGAGUCUGUCAGCAAACCCAGCGACGUGCAAGGCACAGUUAAUGGCACGGCUGUCAUCGUUCUUGUGCCCAACAUCACCUUCCCUGGUGGCUCAGCACAGGGCGGUUCAGGAAGGGCCUUCAUUCGGGUCCCUCUCCCUGGCUUUGCACCCCCCUUACAAGGGGCAAAGGGAAUACCGGGGACCCUGACAUCCAGUCUGCCUCACCCAAGUGGCAAGGUGAGGCUCAACUCCGGUGCGGGGCUCUUCCGGGCACCUUUCGGGGUACUGGCGGAGGAGGCCGCCUGGGAGGGCUAAGCUGUGGAGCUGUAGGACUCAGUGUCGUGAAUCCAUCAGCUAAUGAUAGGGAAAUGCCGUGGCAGACUGAGAUGAGUUCGCUGUGGGACAAACAGGCCCCGGAAGCAGGCGGCACGGGGACAUCCGGAGAGGGGAGACCCGCUUUAUGAGGCGUGAUCAAGCAAUGUGGUCAGUGUUUCAACUUUUAACUUAUUACAGUGAAAGACACAAGACCACGAAUCCCCUCAAGAUGCCCCACCUUGCUCAGACACUCACCCAUCGUCCUGGCCAGUUUCUGCAGCAGCUCUGGAGUCCUCUUUCCUGAGUGUCUCUAGUUACUCUGUCCUGGCUGCCUCUAUGUCCUGAAUCUAUAAAAAACACUUCCCUUUUGUCGUCAUUUUGACUUUGGGGAAGAGCCAGAAGUCACCCAGUGCCGGAUGCAAUGAAGGGUAGCUGAGGACACAGCAUCAUGAUUUUAUGAGCUGCCUUUCCCUUGGAAGGCAUUCGGCAGCAGUGCUCCCUGUAUUUCACAUCAUACCUCAUACAGACACCCCAAAGGAGCAGGGCAGACUUUGAGGCACAGUCAGCAAGGCUGGCCACCAGCUUCUUUCUUGCCCUGAGCCCCAAAGGUUUCCACCGUCCUAACCUCCCAUAGGGCAGAAAUAAAUGAAGGAGGAGGCAUAAACUUCAAAGAAGUCUCCCCGCCACCACCCACCCUGAGCUGGUCGACUAAAAAUGUCCCCAGAAACUGCAACCUUGCGUCCCCUGAAUUGGGACCUGAGCUCUGCCCCCGUGACAUCCGAAGCCGACCUGUGCCCUGCUCUGUCCUCCCACUCUGGCCAAGGAAGGCGGGCUCCAGCUGCUGUCCACCAGUCGGGGCUGGAGCCUACAGCAUUCGGACAGGAACUUUUAGAAAUAAUAGUCCAGACAAAACAACCUUCCGCUAGAGGAACGCCGUGUUCAUCUAUAAUACUCUCCCAGGGAUUAUUGUCUUGCUAAAAUAUAGGUGAUGCAUUUUAAAACAUGUACUUUUUUCCCCCUCUUUUUUUGCAUAGAGCUAGAAGCAGACAAGGUAGCAAAUGCCCUUGAGAUCAAAUGUCCUUUCUGGGGGGACGAUUUGCUCUCCACUAAAGGCAAAGGUUUCUGAGAAGACGUAUGCCUCUCUAGCUCCUAGAAAGUCCCUGGUUAACUAAAGCACAGUUAGGGGAAUAUUACACCUCGCUAGCACCACCGCCGUCUUCUUUAAUCUGUCAGAACUGAGCUUCUAGAAGAACCCAGCCCUCCUGGUGAGCACAAAGCCAUCUGCUGUCUCCACAGGGCUUUACUGUGUCUGCUCGCCUGGCUAACAUGUGGGAUGAGAGUCUCUGUCCAAAUGUCAUCUCCAAGGUUCCAUUUUUGCUGGCUAUCUGCUGCCUUGGGGAGAUCUCUGGAAUUUACGUGGAUCUCUCUGACACCGUCCACUCCGCCAUCUGACGGUCAGCACAUCACGCUGCGCUAUGCAAAGGUAGAAGCCUACCCCGUCUGGGGUGGUCUGGCUGCUCAGAAAAUAUAAAAGGAAAAACUCUGCAGCACAAGUAUCCUCAUGAGGACCUGACUCCUCCCUGCCUCCCUCUCUCCGUCCUCCUGUACCCCUCAGAGACUUGUCCUCAUAUCUGAAGUUUUCUUCGUGCGUACCUGAGGACAGGGAACCUUAACAAGCCAACAGGGCUGUGAUGGUCGAGAUCUGAGUGAAGAAAUCAGUCUUUAGAAAGAGACCCCAGCUCCACCAUGGCACUGCGGACAAGCUGCCUCGGGUCACCCUCAAGCAAAUUCUUGUCUCUUUCCAUUCUUACAGGAUUCCCAGGGAACCGUGCAGAAACAGUUCCCCCGAAGUACUAGAGUCCCAGGGCCCCUUUCGAGGAGUGAGAUGUUCAGGGUUUAAACAGACCAAGACAGGCACUUCACCCAUCCAAGAAGACCCCCGGCCCCCACCUCUCUCCCCCAGUGCACAGCUUGGUUAGCUCCCUCGGGAGCUACCUUUGUUCAUUCCUCCAGAGGACAUCUUCCAAAGUGAGAGAAGUUUGUCUGUUCUCCCCCACCCCAGAAGAAGGCAAAAGGGAAGCCAGGGAGGCAAGUCGCAAGGUCCUUUUGUAAACCACCACCAUUUUGCCAGAGCACCGGUGGGAGAGCUGGACCCAAAGGGCUCUUGGCUUUUCUAAGCACUGCCCUGCCGAGGACCACUUUCUGGCCAUGGGAGGGCUGGGGAGGGGGAGGGGCGCAAGGGAAGAUGUCGACCUUUGUAUGGAGCUGAUUUUAUAACCAUGCACUUUUGUAACUGUGAAGAAUUUUUCAUAAAUGUACAUUAAUAAUAAAGCGUGUAUAGUUUAACAAA